UUGGAGCUGGUUUGUUUUGAUUUCAGAAAGAAAUGUCUCGUGAACUAAGUAACUGGCAAGAACUGUUAGAUUCUUUUACCAAAACCGGCGUAAAACAAGGGAAAGUCAACAAAAUUCAUCAAAUAAAAAACAGUAAUGCCGACAGAAUUAAAGAAAUUCUACAGGAUGAGGAAUUGAGAGGGGUGUUGAUAAAAUGGAUGAAUCACCAGAUAAAGCGUGAGCAAUCCGAUGAAGCAACUAAAUAUUUUCGGGAGGUUGGAAACAGACAGUUUUCUCUCAAGGAUUACUCAUCAUGUAUAGAAACGUACACCCAAAGCAUUCUUAGUUGCCCUGAGGAAAGUGAAGUUGAAAAAAGUUUGGCCCUUGCUAAUCGUUCUGCCGCCCUAUUCCAAUUAGAGUUAUAUGAAGACUGUCUUGAAGAUAUAAAGUUGGCGAUUAAAAAAAAUUAUCCUAGUCACUUGCUGCCUAAAGUUUUAAUCAGAAAAAUGAAAUCGCUUAAAAAAUUGGGCAAAGAAGAAGAUUUACAAACAACAAUAGAAGAAUUAGAGUCUGUCAUGAAACACUUGCAAAUGACAGAGAAAGGAAAAAUCCAGUCAGAUAUUAGGUCUGUGUUGCUGGAUAACCAAGAUAAUGAGAAUGGUCCAAGGGAAGCAUUAUCAAAAAAAGAAGAUCUGGUUUUUCCUUAUUGCGGGGAAAACUCUUCUUUUAAAGGAGCAAGUUCUGCCUUGAAUAUCAGCCACUCGAAAGAAAAAGGGCGCUACGUUGUAGCUAACAGAGAUAUUAAAGCUGGAGAAACUCUUUUUGUGGAGCAACCUAAUGCGUUGGUGGUUUUGCCCGACUUCCAGACUUCUCGAUGUCAUCAUUGUACUCGUCACUCAUCAGCAAAACGAUAUCCAUGCUUGGCUUGCGGUAAAAUUUGGUUCUGCAGCGAUUCCUGCCGCCAAGAAUCAUCCUGUUACCACAAUUUUGAAUGUGGACUUGAAGCGGUACUGAACUCUGUUGGAAUUGCCCAUUUAGGAGCGAGAAUUGUUCUCUCUCAUGGACUAGAUUCAGUGUUAGCCUUUCUGAAAGAUACCGAUAAAGUGAAAAAAGUGCCUGGUAUUGAUGGGCCAUACGACACUAAGAGUUACCAGGUUAUGUUCCAUCUAGUCUCUCAUACUGAACGGAUGGCUCCUGAAGAACUUUACCAAUACGCGUUGACUGCUGCUUUCCUAACUUUGCUACUGGAACAACACUCGUCAUUUUUUCAGUCAGCCUCUCUAGAGUCUCAGUAUCUAGUUGGUGGCCUGAUUUUGGUUCACGUCUGUCAGAUGGUGAGCAAUGCCCACGCAAUUACGGAACUCUGCCUUAUAGACGAGAAUAAUGAAAGACAAGAAAGAAUUGCAACCGCCAUUUAUCCCUCUGCCAGUCUUAUGAAUCACAACUGUGAUCCGACCGUGAUCAAUAGUUUCCAAGGUAAUACGCUGAUUGUGCGAGCCAUCCGUAAUGUUCGCCAAGGAGACGAAGUAUUCAACUGUUAUGGACCACAUUAUCGCCGAAUGAGAAGGAGUGAAAGAGUAGAAGCUCUAGAAGCACAAUACUGCUUCACUUGCACCUGUGAUUCUUGCCUCGAUAAAAAUACUGAAGAUUUCCAGGACGUUAUAUAUUCAUUCUCGUGCCCGUCUUGCCAAGGAUCUCUCAUCAACCCCACCGGAAAUAAUUCAUCCGCUCAGAAUCAGAUGGCCCUAUGCAGGUCGUGCAAAACACCUCAAAGUUAUUUCACCCAGCUAAAAGCGGAUUUAGAGGCAGUGUCACUUGAUGCCAGAGGAACGGAAGCGAUGGAUCAAGGAGAUAUUAUGGGAGCAAUCAAACUGUUAACUAAGUGCGUGCAAUUACGUAGCAAAGCUUUGUUCAAAGGGCAUCCGGAUUUGGGAAAGAGCGCUGACAAGUUGGCCCAGUGUUACGCUUUUAUAGGGAAAUACGAAGAAUGCGAGAAAAUGCUACGAAUCUCUCUCACCGCCGUUGAGCAUCGCUAUGGUCGGUACAGCAUUGAAAUGGCAAACGAGCUGCAGAAAUUCACGGAUGUGUUGAUGGAGUUGGCAUCGGGCAGAAAUCAGCGUGCGCGUGAUGAGCUGGUUAAUUAUUUAGAAGAAGCAAUGCUCAUCUACCGAAUCCACUACGGUCCCUGGAGCACCAGUUACAAUGAGUUACAAUCCAAAAAAGUCCAUUUGACUUCUCUGUUGAUGAACUAAACCUCGAGUUAACUUCAUGCGAAAACAAAGUUUCUUCAAUUUAAAAAAUCAUUCGAGUUUAUAUGGAAAAUCAUGAAUGAAAUCAAACAAAAUAAAAUGCAAAUAGUACGAAGAAGGUACUUCAGAAAA